UUUCGCAGCAGGUGGCGGAUUUGAUUCUGCGCGGUACCCAUCAUGCCCGAGGAUGACGGGCCGGUUGCUCCCAAAGUUUCGGUGGAGUUUGAGGUUUUCGGUCAUGUUCAAGGCUGCUAUUUUACAAAAUAUUGUAAGGACCAGUGCGAUCGACUGGGGAUUUACGGAUGGGUGAAAAAUACGAGGAGUGGAACCAUUGUGGGGAAGCUUCAAGGAGACCGAGACAAAGUGGACGAAAUAUCCAUGUGGCUGUCAAAACAGGGAAGUCCUGGAUGCCGCAUUGACCUAUGUGAACUCAGGAACUGGGAGUUGAUAGUGAAACCAGAUUUCCGCAACUUCAGCAUCCGAUUCUGAAACACUUUUUCUGCAGCUCAGAUCCUGACCCGCGAUCUACAUAAUUUCACUCGCGCUAUUCCAUGCAUUUAUUGCAUGGAAGAAGCAAACACUGUACCACAUUUGAUCAGUACUCCAUAGUUAUUGUGCAAUAGAUGAAAAAAAAAUAUUUAUCAACUCGUGCUGUAGCUUCUAUUUCGGUACGUAAAGGUCAUCUUUUAUUUGAGAUUGUGUGAGUUGAAAAGUUUUCAUCAGUCGAAUUAUAUGGCUUGUUUGAAGGUUUUGUGAGGCUUGUGUUUAUGUCAUCCAACAGUUUGAAACUUUGAUUUUAGAAUAAAUUAUUCCCUGUGUUUUUGAAAUGCUAUUUUGACGAUGCUUUACUGUGUUUGCCCCACCUGAAAGAAAAGUUGCUCAUGCUUUGAAAUAGCACACAAGUGCAAAAACCAGAUUUGUUGUGAAGAAAUGAAGCUUCAAUUUUUCAACGGCAUCCUAUAUUUCCUGCUUCUAAA